AUGACCGUAUCCUAUAAUUUGGACGUUUCAUCAGUAUCCUACUUCACAUUCUUCAAACUACUUUUUCGAUGGCGUGGUUCGAUAUACAAAUCGAUCUUAGCUGACCUGAUCGCAUGGCUUUGCGGUUACUAUGCAGUAUUUCUGAUCUACAGGAACGUUCUAGAUGGCGAGGCUAAACGAAAAUUCGAAAAUAUAGCAGAAUACUGUGAUGAGAGGUUGGAAUACAUUCCGCUCACAUUCAUGCUUGGAUUUUUCGUUACAAUCGUCGUUGAUCGAUGGAGAAGUAUUUUCCAGAAUAUGGGAUGGAUAGAAAAGUGA